AUGCAUUCGGUAAAUCAUCGAUCGUCCGGCGCAAAUUCUCCUCCGCGCGACCUGACAUCUCUUUCCGUUCCAGAUUCCCGGGGCGGCGGCUUCUCGGACCGGGACUCCUUCGGGGGCGGCUUCUCCCGGGAGCGCAACGGGGACCGCUACGAGCGCAACGACCCGCUUCGAGAGGAGGACCAACGACAGGGGAUACGGCUUCUCCUCCGACAGAGUUGCGUCUUUUUGUUCCCUCAGGUGGUGCCAGUCGUGGCGGCAGCGGCAGGAGCUUCGAGCGGCGGGACGGGUACGAGCGGCGAGACGGAUUCGGGCGGCGGGACGAGCCCCCCCAGAGACUCCAGGUACCGGGACUCCGCGGAGCGCGACUAUUCGGACAGGAGGCCGCCCGACCGGACGUCCUACGACUCGGGGAGCGGCGGAGGGGGACAGAGGAGGAAGCUGCAGCUGGCCCCCCGCACCAAGCCCAUCGAGCCGCUGCCUCCCCCCGCGGAGGCGGUAGGCUCCAGCUCCAUCUUCGGGGGGGCCAAGCCGGUGGACACCGCCGCCCGGGAGAGGGAGAUCGAGGAGAGGCUGGCUAGGGAGAAGGAGGUCGCCCCGCCCCCCGCCACCAGUUGGAGCGUGAGGGGCAGCUCUACAACACCCUCCCCAGGUCCAGGCAAAGGUGCAGCAGCAACAGCAGCAGCACAGGAAGCGAGAGAGACCACCCCAAGGGGAGCCCCAGAGGUGUACACUUCGGCCAACAAAUUCUCCCACCUGAUGAACGACGCCGAGGACUUGGACCGGGGCGGGGACUCCGAGUGA